GUUUUUGUUUUUCUCUCUGAUGAGGAAUAGGAAGCCGCCGUUUACACUUUACACCCUUUACACUGAUCCGCACUCGCGGGAAAUCCUUUGUUAAAAUGUACUGGUCGAUUUUCACUUAUUUUCUAACAGUUCCGACAUUCAUGACGUGCUCUGUUGUCGAACAAUUAUAUUAUUCGGAUAAUGAACGAGUUAGAAUGUCACGGUAUCCUUGAAAUAUGCGGUGAGAUGAGCAGAAUUUAAUUCGAGUACGUGUACGAGUAUGGUAUACGUUUGUGGCGGGAAUAACGUGGCGCUCCGCGGCAAUGUGGAUCAGAUGCACGGAACAAACGACUCCAAUAUGGCGAAUGUGAGGGACAGUGAUACGUCGUUGUGGCUUCAUAACAAGCUUGGAACAUCAAAUGAUAGCUGGACUGGGAGCUCGAUUUGUUCGCAGCUCAAUGCAGAAGUGCUACGGAAUAUCAAAGACUGUUUUCCAGAUCUUCAAACGCAAGUUAAACUUAAAUUACUCCUCUCGUUCUUCCACAUACCGAGACGGAAUGUCGAGGAGUGGCGAGUGGAAUUGGAAGAAAUCAUUGAAGUGGCAUCGUUGGACAGUGAAUUAUGGGUGUCAAUGUUAUCCGAAGCGAUGAAGACGUUUCCAUCGACUGGAUCUUUAAACACAGACAUCACAGACUUGGAUGAACAUAAGCCUAUCUUCGGGGAGCUAGUCAAUGAUCUCAGGAAACUGUUGAAAAAACAAAACGAUCCAGCUAUGCUUCCAUUGGAGUGUCAUUAUCUCAAUAAGACUGCCCUUACUUCUGUGGUUGGCCAACAACCUGCACCAGUUAAACAUUUCACCCUAAAGAGAAAACCAAAAAGUGCUGCUUUGAGAGCAGAGCUACUGCAGAAGAGUACAGACGCAGCGAGUAAUUUGAAAAAGAGUACAGCUCCUACAGUGCCUGUGAGAAACAGAGGAAUGCCUAGAAAAAUGACUGACACAACGCCUUUGAAGGGUAUUCCUAGUCGAGUUCCCACAAGUGGUUUUCGAUCCCCGUCGCUUACGAGUUCGUCGAUGGCUAACAGGACGCCCCUUAGUAAUCGAAUGCGAAAAGACGGUGGUAUCAAACUGCUAGAUAUCAAUGAACAACCGCUUGGGUAUGCCCAAGCGAAGAAACGAAAGAGGAUGAUGGAACUGGAAGAACAGCAGAAGAAAGUUGCGGAAGCUCAAGCAGCGGCUGCUGCUGCCGCGUCGACAGUUACGACAACGACGGAGACGUCGACGACCCCGGAAUAUGCUCAAGGAUUGGCUUCGAUCAAUCCGCCAGCCACUCCCAUCACUCCUGUCGCAUCUGUACAGUCUUACGCGACGCCUACUACUCCCACUGCUGUAGUAUCGGCAGUAUCGACACCACAGACCUCUACAACACCAACUACACCUACAACUCCAAACACAGUUUUACCUGUCGCUACGCCGACCGCCGUUAUUACACCAGUGGAGACCGCACCCGUCGGAGUGCAAACAGUGAGACCAGCGCAAACGGUUACACAGAUACGUAUACAAACCACUGCGCAACCUGCUAACGCGGCCGCGAAUACGAGGAAAGGAUUAUCUCUCACGCGAGAGCAAAUGUUGGAAGCACAAGAGAUGUUUAGAACAGCUAAUAAAGUAACAAGACCAGAGAAAGCUCUUAUUUUAGGUUUCAUGGCUGGCUCCAGGGAUAAUCCUUGCCCGAAACUGGGCAACAUAGUCACUGUAAUGCUCUCGGAGAAUAUAGAAGAAGUGACUCAAUCGGAUGGUACAACUGUACCGAUGCUGGUUGAAACACAUUUCCAAAUGAAUUACACGAACGGCGAAUGGAAGAGGAUAAAGAAGAAUCGACGAAUCAUCACGGAAGAAUCGACUUCUACUACGACCCCUGCGCCUACUGCAACUGCGACAGCUUCCAAUUAGAAACGAAAAUGCAACUGUAUCCGAAUGGCAGUACAUUACAUGGGUCGAUAGAUCUGUUUUGUGUUACUCGAAAAAUGGUUUUCCAAGAAACUGUUUCGUAGGUAGCUCCAAAAAGAAUGCACAACGCAUCGUGUAGCCUUCGCGCUCUUAUAUAGUGUAAACAGACUUGUGUAUCUUGUUUUAAUAUUAAAACUUAAAAAAUGUAAACGUUACAACUACGACAAACGAAAGAAUUUGUUAUUUUCAAAAUGA